UGACCCUCUGCCCGGCCCUGACUCACCUUCUGCCCGCUGUCCUCCGAGAUGCUGCAGGAAAAGCUUUCUGCUGUGACGGAUGAAUGUAUGAGGGUGCAGACCGGUGGGGACAGGGACCCCCUUACAGACCAGUCCCGACUGGCCCUGUCCACAGCUCCCAGCAUUCCCAGCUCCAGUGAGCCUGACCAGAACAUUGAGAACAUUAAGGUUGUUCUGCACGAGAGGGAGCUGUGGAAGAAGUUCCACGAGGCCGGCACGGAAAUGAUCAUUACUAAAGCAGGCAGGAGGAUGUUUCCCAGCUACAAGGUUAAAGUGUCUGGGAUGAACCCCAAAACGAAAUACAUCCUACUUAUUGACAUUGUUCCAGCUGAUGACCAUCGCUACAAGUUCUGUGAUAACAAGUGGAUGGUGGCUGGCAAGGCCGAACCAGCAAUGCCAGGCAGACUCUAUGUGCACCCUGAUUCCCCCGCCACAGGAGCUCACUGGAUGAGGCAAUUGGUGUCAUUUCAGAAGCUCAAGUUAACCAAUAAUCACCUAGAUCCUUUUGGGCAUAUCAUCCUGAACUCUAUGCACAAGUAUCAGCCCAGACUACAUAUAGUUAAAGCCGAUGAAAACAACGCCUUUGGAUCCAAGAAUACUGCCUACUGUACUCAUGUCUUUCAUGAGACAGCCUUCAUCUCUGUAACCUCUUAUCAAAACCAUAAGAUCACUCAGCUUAAGAUAGAAAACAAUCCGUUUGCCAAAGGAUUCCGGGGUUGUGAAGAAGGAGAUCUGCGCGUCUCAAGACUACAAGGGAAAGAAUAUCCAGUGAUUUCAAAGAACAUAGUCCGACAGAGGCUCAUCUCCUCGCAUAGUCACCUAGCAGGAAAGCUUGGAGCAGGAGUUCUCACAGGGCACCCCCAAGUACUGUCUCCUUAUCAGUAUGAGACUGGGGUUCCUUUGUCUAACUCAGACCCCCAAGAUCCUAUCUCGAACCACUUUCCUCAGAGUAGAGAUCCAAGCCUUCUGUAUCACUGCUUCAAACACAGAGAUAACGCCCGACACCUAGAGCUUGGAUGUAAGCGGCCAUAUCUGGAGACAUCAUCUGCAGUUUCAGAGGAGCAUUACUUUCGUUCAGCAACCUCUUAUGAGUCGCCGUUACUGUCCCAUCCUUACUGCACUGAGGCAAUAACCUCUAGAGAAGCUUGUAUGUACGGCAGUAUGGAAACAGAGUCUGGAUCUGGGGCAGGGGAUACAGAUGACCUGACUAACCCCUCUUCAAUAAAUUGCAACAUGUGGGCGACAAUGCAGCCCUACCCUCGCUAUGGUGUGGAGGGUGUGCCAUACCAACCCUUCACAGCUCACUUCACCAAUACUGCCACAGUCACGCAGAUUGUACCACAACCAACAUCAUCAAUGGCAUCUCGACCACCUUCUGACUUGGGGGUCUACAACUCGGCUACGGUCCAGCGAGGUUUGCCCGUUAUACCUCCUUCAUCCUCCUCUUCAUCCUGCUCUCCAGCUGUUCUGGGAUCCAGAGAUAGGUCAGGGCAUCCACCUUUGUACCACAAGAAGCCAGGGUCACCGCUCCGGCCUCACAGAGAUUUCUCAGCCUAUCCCACACAGGGUACAAUAUCAAUCCGGGAACCAUCCUAUCAGUACCAAGUGGGGCUAAGUAGCGCAGGAACUCACUGGACUGACAGCUAACAUGGACAACUGUAGAAACCAUUUUUUAUACAUAAACAUCUGAAAUAAUCUAGGUUCAAAAUCCCACUUUAGGCUGCUGAUGCCAAUCAACAAUAAUGAACUACAGCCAUAAUCAUUGCACUCCAAAACCAUUCACAUCCAUUUGUUCUCACUGAAGCAAAUUGACAUACAACAUUGUAUGUGGUGUGGUGAACACUGGCUGACCUUGUUACUUAUGCAGAUGUCUAGCAUAUGAACAUCACAAAGUCUAUCAGAGGCAAAAGUAAGCUCAAGGGAACAAGACGUGUUGAUGCGAUCGCAGAGUCUGACAACAUCCAAAAAGUGUUUGCUACCUAGCCUAAAGUAAAAGAGGAUAGGUUUCCAGAAAAUAAAAAAGAUGAGGUACAAUUGCUGUGCUUGCCCUUGAAGAGAAAGAGAGGUUUGUAAAAUAUGUGUACAUGAUGGUCUUUGAGUGAAAACUGAGCAUUGAGGGUUCCAUUACUUAUUAUAGAGCGCCACCUUGAUAGAGCAAGAUUGUAGUUAUUCUAAAUGUUUCUUAUUGUGAACAAGUCCAAUAAGAAGACAUAAACCAACUACUUUGUUAGCCUACCCUGCCUGUAUUACAAAUAUGCAAGCCGAUUGCGGUGAAAAUGUAUAUCUUUAAAAAAGUGGUCACAAAUAUACAGUAAGUACAGUCACAGCAUUUUACCAAAACAGCUGGCAAUUGUAGUUUUGUACAAAAUCGAAUUUGUUGAAAAAUAUUUUCAUCUGUAAUUUUAGUUGUUUCAGACCGUCAACUCAAGUCCACAUACUUGUCUCCAUGCAAAAUAAAUCUAACAAGCCCUCUAAGUCAUUGUGGUGUACUUAACAGAGAUUGGCUCAAAAUAAUUUACUGUGGCUUUGAUUGUAGUACUAAGGAACACGUAAACGUAUGCAACAGUGCAACGUUA